AUGGUCCGCAUCUCCACCUGCAUCGCCCUCGUCCUCUCCAUUGCCCUCGGCGCAGAAGCCUCUGCAAUCUGCCAGUGCCUGUUCCCCGACGGCUCGCACUGCUGCGUCAUCACCAAAGCGCAGGGCGCCGCCGAAGACUGCACUGAGCUGUGUCGCCCGGCCGAGCGCACAGGUGACAAUGUCAAGUGCAAUGCCGACGGCAAGUGGUCUUCGGUCAGCGGCUGGAACGGCCAGUUCCGCGCUGGCUGCAACAGGUAG